AUUAGUCUAAAUAUAGCCUUGUAUUCCUACGCAGGGAAGUUGAUUACCUGUUGAUUUGUGUAUUGGACUAAUCGAACUUCAGACAGACAAGAUGACAGACCCAGCCUUCAAGGUUGUGAACCCUAGACAGCCCACAUUCCUCAUUUGGCGCAUAGAGAAACUGAAUGUGGUAGCUGUUCCUAAGCAACAGUAUGGCAACUUCUUCAAGGGCGAUUCAUACAUCAUUCUCUCGAUAUCUUCUUCUGGACACCGUCGGGGUGCAAGUGUACAGAUCAAGGAUGUGAAAGGCUCGCUGGACGCCCACAUUCACUUCUGGCUGGGCAAGGAAACAUCGCAGGAUGAGGCCGGUGUGGCUGCAUUUAAAUCAGUCGAACUGGAUGAUCUUCUGGGCGGAUUUCCCGUGCAGCAUCGUGAAGUCCAGGGGAGUGAAUCCAAGCUCUUUCUUAGCUACUUUAAGAAGGGAAUCAAAUACAAUGAUGGAGGUGUGAAGUCUGGUUUCAACCACGUGGACACGACCUUCAAGAAGAGACUCAUGCAUAUCAAGGGCAAACACCAUGUCAGGGUGCAGGAGGUGGACAUGGCAUGGUCUUCCUUCAACAGUGGUGACGUGUUCCUGCUGGAUCUUGGUCAGAUGAUCUAUGUGUGGAACGGCAAGGACAGCACACGUACAGAGAGAUUUAAGGGUUUGGAACAGGCCCGUAUGUACCGAGAUGAGAGGUCAAAGGUCAACAUUGUCUGCGUGGAAGAGGGGGAUGAGAAUAAAAUGGCCGAGAGUGAGAUCAAGAUGUGGGAUGCCCUUAUUCCGCUUGCUGAAAAGUCAGUGAAAUCUGCCAGCGAAGGCGGCACAGACGAGGCUGCAGAGCGGACAAAUGCAUCCAUGAUCAAGCUGUACAGGUGUACAGAAGAGGAAGGGACAUUGAAGGUCUCUGAAGUGAAAUCAGGGCCCCUGGUGAAGGCUGACCUUGACUCCAGUGACUCGUACAUCAUUGACAAUGGAGCAGCUGGAAUCUGGGCCUGGAUCGGCAAGAACUCCACCAAGAAGGAGAAGAGUGAGGCUAUGAGGAAUGCCCUGGGCUUUAUCAAGAAGAAGGGCCUUCCUAACAGUACUAGUGUUACCCGCAUUAUUGAGGGAGGGGAGCCAUCAGAUUUCAAGUCUCUCUUUAAAUCCUGGCCCAUGCCCGUGGCCACAGGCAAAGCCUACAAUAACAACAAGAUUGCAAAGACAGUUCAGACCAAGUUUGACGCGACCACCCUUCACAGUAACACAGCCCUGGCCGCUCAGACACAGAUGGUGGAUGAUGGCACAGGAAAGUGUGAGAUCUGGCGUAUUGAUGAUUUUGACAUGAAGCCAAUCAGAAGCCAGGACAUUGGCCUGUUUUACGGAGGGGAUUGUUACGUGAUCCUCUACACGUAUGAAGUGAACGGCAAAGAGAACUAUAUCAUCUACUACUGGCAGGGAUCCAAAUCUUCAUCAGAUGAGAAAGGAACGUCCGCUCUGAAGGCCGUGGAGCUUGAUGAUAAACUAGGGGGCGCUGCUGUACAGGUGAGGGUUGUCAUGGGGAAGGAACCUCAACACUUCAUGGCCAUGUUUGAUGGGAAAAUGAUCAUCUUCUCCGGAGGUCAUGCCGGAUGGACCGGUGGCCCCAGUAAUGAAGGCCCUGGUGACUCCUACAUGCUCCAAGUGAGAGGCACAUCCAUUCUCAACACCAAGGCCAUUCAGGUUCCAAUGGAGGCUGCGUCACUCAACUCUAAUGACACGUUUGUGGUCUUCCUCAAAACUGCCGUCUACAUCUGGUGUGGAAAGGGCAGCACAGGUGAUGAGAGAGAGGCUGCUAAACUUGUGGCAAAGAGGUCGCCAAGGGAGUGCACAAUUGUGAUUGAAGGCCAGGAGAAGCCAGCUUUCUGGGACGCAAUUGGCGGGAAGGGAGAAUACAUGAGCAGCAAGCGCCUGGCUGACCCUGAGUCAGAGCACCCGGCUCGUUUGUUCCAGCUGAGCAACGCCUCUGGAAGAUUCAUGUGUGAAGAGAUUCCAGAAUUCACGCAGCAGGAUUGUGUGACUGAUGAUUGUAUGAUUCUCGACGUUUGGGAUGGGGUGUAUGUGUGGAUCGGCGCAAAUGCGAGAGAGGAAGAGAAGAAAGAGGCUGAACGACUCGCAAUGGAGUACAUCACAACCGACCCCGCAGAUCGUGAUCCUGACACACCUGUGUUCCGCGUAAAACAAGGUUACGAACCACCAACAUUUACUGGACACUUUGGUAUAUGGGAGGCAGACUUCUUUAAGGACUCAAUGUCAUAUGAAGACUUUGGCAAGGAAUUGGCCGCCGGGAAUGAUGCCGUCGUCCUGGUCCAACAGAAUGAUAUGAAUGGUGGGAACAGCUUUGAGGAAACCAUGAAAUAUCCCCUGUCUGAGUUACAAGGUGCCACUGAGGAAUUGCCCGCAGGGGUUGACCCUAAGACUAAAGAGAUGUACCUGAGCCAGGAAGAAUUCCAGAGUGUGUUUGGCAUGACAUACACAGACUUCCUUAGCAAACCGAUUUGGAAACAACAAGCUCUUAAGAAGAGUGCGGGAUUAUUCUAGAACUGUUUCUCUCACUAGUGUUAGUCUCCAUGGUGAUCUGUGUAAAUACUUGUUGGUAACCAUGCCAAUAACUUUUCUAUAACCUAGCAAGAAUAUGUCAAUUAUGUUUAUUACAUGUUUUGGAAAAGAAACGUGGUUUCUAUGGUAACUUCAGUGUUUCAGUGGAAACUGUUAUAGAAAGCUUUUGUUUAGGGAUGUAUUUUUUUAAUAAUUCAUAUUUAACCUAGCAUCUAAUAUCGAGAUCAUAUUUAUUGUUAUAAAGCUUCAAUUUUAUGAAUAAAAGGGUAAAUAAAGUGUGUCGUUGCAGUAGAAUAGAAGUUGUCAUUCAUGAACUUUGUGUUGUGAAUUAGUUAGAAAUGGGGAAAUGGGAGUAGUGAAAUGCUGGAAACACUGCCAAAUCAAUCUGACAAUAUGAAAAAGGAAACUGAAAAGUAAUCAAUGUCAUUACUUUUUAUUUUUAGAAAAUUAUCUAUAAAAACUGGCCUUCACAUGAUGUAAAUGUUAGUUAUGAUAAAUAAUUAUCAAUUAUUAAUUUGUCAAAACAUAUGUUUUCAAGAUUGUUGAUAUUUUAUUGUUAAAUUGUUGUUAUAAAUAUAAUAUUAUCAUUAGAUUCCAUUAUUUAAUAACUUUAUAAACGUAUUGAUGAUUUGUGAUUUAUUUUGUUUACUUGUUAGAACAUUUCAGAUUGCGCGUUAAAACUGUAUGUAACAUCGGAAUUUUUUAAAGGUGAAAAAUAAUUAUUGACUAAAAAUGCAUAACAUUGGAAAGAAUUGAUGGACAAGGGCGACUCAGUUGCUUUUAACCUCAUAAAAUGGGUGUACCUACAAGCCCAGAUACUGUGUGUCUACUUUGUGAGACAUGUUUCUUAUUGACCUUCAUACAUGUAUAUUUGCUAUAAAUAGAAAGUUUGCGGAACACCUCUUGCUCUUGUACGUGUAGCAUAUGGAAGUAGUUUCAGUUAGCCUUAACUCUUGUUUGUGAAAUUAUUCCACUUGUAAUGGUAGGCCCGUUGACGCUCGUUGAAUGGCUUUUCUUGUAGACAUCAUUCAUUUACUGUUACCUCGCCGAGCCUACUCAUAUGACACAAGUCCCAAGUGUUACAUAUAUGUCCUGGAGUGCAGGCUUCAAACUUCACUUGGACAAAGUAGACUAACUUCAAUGAUGUAGCGCGCAAACAAUAGUGCACACAUACACAACACAUACACCUACCCAUUACAAGUAGUGUUCCACAGCUUCUCUAUUGUACGCAGAACUUUGUCAAUUUGAAUGUCAAUGUUGUAUAUUACUAGUGCUCACUGCUCUAUAUCUAGAAUGUUCUCUAUUUUGCCUUCUACCUUAUAUUCAGUUAUGUAUCACAGAGUUAUUGUUGCUGUUCUUUAUAUAGAUCUGAAAACUUGCGCUGCAAUGACAUGCAAUGUCCUAUAUUGUUGUUAUAAUAUUGCUGGUAAACAUUUCAAUGUUAUUGUUUAUGUUAAGUUUGAAAUGAGUACCAUUUAAAUUGUUUCCAUUUAAAUGUUAGAUUAAAAGUUUUAAAAUAUUUCAAAUUAGUUAAAGGGAAAGUUUUCACUGUAAAUUAGCUACAUCAGCUCCGUGAUCAUUAUUAUUUCACUCCUCACAAGACCCUGAUAUAUCUAUUUGUAGAUUAUCUUGUCCGAAUCAUUGGCACUAAGCGGAGACCAACGAGUAAUUAAAAGAUGUCUGAAUAAAUCAACUAUGCUGGCAUGAAAUACAGGGAACUGGCCCAGACCUUGAGAUUGUCCUCAUGCAGUAACUUCCCUUUAAUUAAACAAUGACAUUUCUUAUCUUUGACGGGAAGUAUUUUGGAUCCUAAUUUUGAACGUUAUUCAAACUGUUAUAAUUGUUUGUAUGGCUUAAAUCUAAACAUCACUUAACUAAACAAGAUGGAUAUAAUACCAUUACAUAUUAAUUACGAAAUGAAGUUUUGCUGCAAGGUGACAAAAUAUUGAAAUAGCCAAUAAGCUUUGCCUGUAUAGCUUGCAGUACUGGACUCAAGGUCCAUAUUCACCCACAUCUUAAGUCGCGGUUUGAGACUCUGACUCGGAAAGAACAAAAUAUUUCUGAAACUUUAUAUUUUGAGGAUAUUUUAGUGUGUAAACAACUGUUAAACUUUUUUUUUCAUUCCUGGUUUAUUCUACAAAUUUCACAAUGAUAUGUCAUAGCAAUUUUAUAAUGAAAUUUAUGAUUUAUGUAUCCAUUUUGAGGUUGAAUUUCAAAACCGAAGUUGAAAUGUAAGUGAAUAUGGGCCCAUGCAGUACUUAACGUAGAUAGAAAUCCCUAGUAAACCAAUGUUCAGGUAUAUACUGUGACCUGUUGUUAUGCUGUAUUGGCCAACUUUGGUUUGCUAGGGUACAGUAUUAGUCAGAGUUUAGCUUAAUCAAGUAGUGUUGUAGUUUGGAACUGGGGGCAUUUUCUUGUUAUAUAACAUCUUUACUAGCUCUUAGACAUGUGUGAAGUAGUGUUUCUGAAAAAUUAUUUCAUAUAUUUCAAAAAUCAUUUCCAUAAGAUAUCUUUGGAUUAGGAACAUGUCUGUGUCCAUGAAAGUUUCCUUGUUUCUGUAUUAAUAUUAAUUCUUUUGAUUUUGAACAAAGAAUUCAUUUCAGACAUGAGUAAUUGAAUUAUUUUUCUUUUGAAAUCUAAGCUAUUAUAACAUACUCAGUUUCAGUUUGCUCAAAACUGUUUAAUAUUUACAGAGUUUAAUUCUGUUAUUUUUUUGUCAUGUAUAAAAGUUAAGCAGUUUUCAAAAUCUUGUUGUAUUGUAUAUACAUUCAGUGCUAGGCCUGUGACAAGCAUUCCAUUCCAUUCCAUAAUGGAACAUUCCAUGACGGUUAUUUGAUUAUAUUAAUAUUUUCCAAAUAUUCAUAUUUUGGGCUACAUAUCAAUUAUUAUUUGUUUUUAGCUUGUGUGUUUUAUUCCAAGAAGAUAAGUCAGUGUAUGGUGCUUGCAUUGUUGUUGUCUGCAUCGUUGUCAGCACAAUUGUCACAUCAUUGUCUGCAUCGUUGUCAGCACAAUUGUCACAUCAUUGUCUGCAUCGUUGUCAGCACAAUUGUCACAUCAUUGUCUGCAUCAUAGUGUAACCACUUUACCCUUGGCCAUUAUUCAAAAACUGUUUAAGAUAUUGGAAUGAAGCACAAGUACAGCAAGGCCCAUAACUCUGGGUUAUUUUACUGAAAAAUUACAGACGAGCAAUUGUGUUGCUCCAGGUCACUCUUGCAUACAAAAUAUAUUUUGGAUUAUAACACUUUGCAUCUCAUGAAACAACAAAUUAAAAACGUUCUGAAAGUGUGGCCUUUUCAGGACAGUUGUUAUUUUUAUGAAAAUGUGCAAUUCCGUAUGUGUUUAGUCUGAAUCAUAGAGGAUACAGAUACUUCCAAACCUAAUUGUGUGUUUUAAGUCAUUAAAUUCAUAUAGGAAAAGUUAAAAAUUCAUUACAUAUUUGCAUUAAUAUUUACCAUGGCUGAUAUUUUUUAUGGUUUAGUUUUUAGUAAUAAAUACCUUGUAAAGAUUGCACUUAAAGAUAGCAUGCAUAAUGGAAAUAUUAUAUCAAUUGCUGUGAUCUAUUUCAAAACAUGUCUCAAUAACAGUUAUUUUAUCAAAUAUUACUUUCUUGCUUAUUACACUAUGAUAGUUUGGUUGAGGUAAAUAAUUUCUUCCUCAGCUAAAUGGUUUGUUAAAAAACAUCAGUCUGAUAUUGAUAUAGACUGAUCCUAUUACAGAAUAUACCACAUAGCUAUCAAUGACGCCUUGCGAUGUUUUUGUUAACUUCAAGUGUAGAUACUGUAUGCCUAAGACAAUGACUGUUAAAUUAUGUCCCGAAUAGUACAUUGACCUAAAAAAAAAAUGCUCCAAAAUUUACUAUUACUGUGAUGACCUGAAUCACUGUUGUUAACUUUGCUUUUUAAAUUUAGAUACAAUUAAACAUUUUAAUCAUAUUUGUUAUGUGUAAACUGAUCAUUCAAGAAAAUAAUAAUUGGAGCAUGUUUGCAUGUGUGUAUUGCACCAUAUUUUUACAGUAGGUUGUAAUUGUUCUACAUAUUUUCACUUCUAUAUACAUAUCAUCCGGCAAUAAAAUUAUACAUAUC